AUGACAAUUCUUAAGACCCAAUCCGAGUUUGGACAUGCGCCGCCGCCGCAGACUCCUUACAGUGUUAUAACGAACCUUCCUGGAUGGGACGUUGCCAAAGCUAUUCGUGAUGGCGAUCAUACCCCUAUGAAGAGAGUGGUUCACAUCUACCCUCGCUUCGUAGCCACACACUAUGCUGCCCAGCUUGGUAACGAGAUUGCGAAACACGUUGGCCAUGCUGGUAAGGCUGCACUGGUCUAUCUUAGCCCUGCGAUAUGGCCAUAUACUCUUCACCAUGUCACCCACUCGAACCGUGGUGAGAGUCGUGUAGAGGAACACGAUGUGGCAUUCAAAUGCGUCGAUGUAGCUGGUCAUCGGUUAUACGUGACUCUCUUUAAUCCCAUGAGAAUGCCCGUCAUGAUGCUUACUUGGCAGAAUCCUGGCCUAGGGAUCUCUCUUCGCGGAGCCGAGCAGGUCCUCAAGGGCAUAGACACCAUCAAAGAAGUGUCCUCUGAAGUUGGAAUAAAAAAUUUCCCUUCGCCGAGCUGGACUCCCGAGAGUGAGAUUCAUGAUGCUCUCCGAGAAAGGAUCGUUGAACUUCUUCAUCGUGCCCCGAGAGAUGCAGACAAGGUGAAGUGCACGGUCAAAGAUGUAUUUCUGUACCCUACAGGAAUGGCUGCCAUUUUUUACUCAAACAAUCUCUUAACGAAACAUCGCCCAGGCACUGUCGUUGUUCUUGGUGUCGUCUUUCACAAUACGUAUCACCAUCUCGUCGAAGAGUGUCCACAAGGGAUGAAGCACUUUGGAAGAGUUGAUUCAGACGGGAUUUCUUCUUUUGAAAACUGGCUUAAGGGGGAGAAAGAUGCGGGUAGGCCUGUGAGUUAUGUCUUUGUCGAAGUCCCUGGAAAUCCAACAUUGGACACUCCCGACACUGCUCGUUUGAAGAGGCUUUCGGAGGAAUAUGACUUCUUCCUCAUUGUUGACGACACAAUCGGUGGCUUCGGCAACAUAGACGUCAUUUCUCAUUCAGACAUUUUAUUGACAUCUAUCACAAAGUCCUUUAGCGGUUAUGCCAACGUCAUGGGCGGUUCGGUUGUUCUCAACCCUCUAUCCUGUCAUUACCAGACUCUACAUUCUCUAUUUCGGGAGUCUCACCAUAACGAACUCUUCAUUGCAGACGCACAGGUGCUUUUGUCCAAUUCGAGCGACUUCCUUGAGCGAACAAGGAUCCUCAACCGAAACGCUCUCGCUAUGGCAGAAUUCCUUCACGAAGCUAUAUCCUCUCCCAACUCUCCUGUUAUUAACGUGCAGUAUCCGAGCCUCCUGGAUAGUAAAGCAAACUACGAUGCCAUCUUACGACGAGGGACACCAGAGCUUCCAGAGCCAGGAUAUGGAUGUCUCCUGACCGUCGAAUUCUCUAGUGUUGAAACAGCUAUAGCCUUCUACAACAGGGCAGGACUUUACCCGAGCCCUCAUCUCGGAGGUCAUGUCACAAUUAUGUUCCCGUAUAACAUGAUUGUCUUUAGCAAGAAUCCUGAGGAGAAGGUAUAUAUGGAUGAGUUGGGAGUCAGAGAAGCGAGCGUACGUAUUUCAGCCGGGCUAGAGAGUGAAGAGGAUUUGAUCGAUACCUUGAGAGAUGCGCUUCAGGCGGCUACAAAGCUCGACGGAAGGAUUAGGAAGGAAUAG